AACAUCAUCAACAAAAACAACAAAAACAACAAAAAAAAUAACAACAGCAACAUUAGCAACAGUGAGCGCACCAGUUGCUUCGUCGAGCGGCCGAGGCGAAGAGGCCCAUCGUCGAUUCAGCACCCGGGUGACUCCGAUCGUCGUCCGGAGCGCGCGAACGUCCCGCGGAGGGACGAAGGUCAAGGGUCCGUAAUUCGCGAGAGCCUUGAUCCGUAAACCGGGUAGCGAGAUGGCGGACAACGAGGAUAAUAACCAGGAGGACUCCCUAGGGCCCGCGGACGCGACCACGGCCUUCGCCAAGAAGCUGCGGGGCCGCAAGGGCGCCUUGAAGAAGAAGAACGUAUACGUCGUGAAGAAUCACAGCUUCAUGCCGCGAUUCUUCAGGCAGCCGACGUUCUGCAGCCACUGCAAGGACUUCAUAUGGGGCUUUGGAAAGCAGGGUUAUCAGUGCCAAGUAUGUAGCUUCGUUGUACACAAGCGAUGUCACGAGUACGUGUCGUUUACGUGCCCUGGAGCUGACAAAGGCGCCGAUUCUGACGACACGCGGACUAAACAUCAAUUCAAGGUACAAACGUACAACAGCCCGACCUUCUGCGACCAUUGCGGUAGCCUGCUCUACGGUAUCAUCCACCAGGGCAUGAAGUGCCAAGCAUGUGACAUGAACGUGCACAAACGAUGUGAGGUGAGCGUACCGAAUCUCUGCGGAUGCGAUCACACUGAGAGACGCGGUCGUAUUGAGCUCAACGUAUCCUGCAGCGGCAACAAGCUAACAGUCGAAAUUAUACAAGGGAGAAAUCUUAUUCCAAUGGAUCCGAAUGGACUUUCGGAUCCAUAUGUCAAACUAAAGCUAAUUCCGGAUGGAGAAAAUAUAAAAAAGAAAACAAAGACAAUCAAAUCCUCUUUAAAUCCAGAAUGGAAUGAGACAAUCAUUAUCGAUCUCAAGCCCGAUGACAAAGACAGGCGAUUGCUCUUGGAAGUAUGGGAUUGGGAUCGCACGUCGCGCAACGACUUCAUGGGCUCGUUAUCCUUUGGAAUCUCCGAAUUGAUGAAGGCACCAGCUACCGGCUGGUUCAAGCUUCUCACCCAAGAGGAGGGCGAAUUCUACAACGUGCCAGUGCCAGAGGAAGGGGUUGACCUCGCCGAGCUCAAGUCGAAAAUGCGGGUACGUUCGAAAACUUCCGUCACGAAGAAAGCCCCAACAACACAAGACAAGGAGGUGCCGCAUAAUAUGGGCAAAAGCGAUCUUAUUCGAGCAUCCGAUUUCAACUUUUUACAAGUUCUAGGCAAAGGAAGUUUCGGCAAGGUUUUGCUAGCCGAAAGAAAGGGAACAGACGAGCUUUAUGCGAUAAAGAUCUUAAAGAAAGACAUCAUCAUUCAAGAUGACGACGUUGAAUGUACGAUGGUUGAGAAGCGAGUGCUGGCGUUAUCGAAUAAGCCGCCUUUCCUCGUACGACUUCACUCCUGUUUCCAGACAAUGGAUCGGCUCUACUUUGUAAUGGAGUACGUGAAUGGUGGCGAUCUUAUGUUUCAAAUUCAGCAGUGCGGAAAGUUCAAGGAGCCCGUAGCAGUAUUUUACUCGGCGGAAAUAGCGAUCGGUCUCUUUUUCUUACACUCGCGGGGUAUAGUCUACCGGGAUCUCAAGCUCGACAAUGUGCUGCUGGAUCAGGAUGGUCAUAUUAAGAUCGCGGAUUUUGGUAUGUGUAAGGAAGGUAUCAAUGGGGACAAAACAACUAAAACCUUCUGUGGAACGCCAGAUUACAUCGCACCCGAGAUUAUUUUAUACCAACCAUAUGGAAAAUCAGUAGAUUGGUGGGCUUAUGGAGUUUUACUUUAUGAAAUGCUCGUUGGACAACCACCAUUCGACGGUGAAGACGAAGAAGAACUUUUUGCUGCCAUUACCGACCAGAAUGUCAGUUAUCCUAAAGGUCUUUCCAAGGAGGCCAAGGAGGCUUGCAAAGGAUUUCUCACGAAGAACCCGAGCAAGCGAUUGGGAUGCGGAUCACGAGGCGAGGACGAUGUACGAGGUCACGCCUUCUUCCGUCGCAUCGACUGGGAGAGGAUCGAGAAUCGCGAGGUUCAGCCACCGUUCAAGCCCAAAAUUAAACACCGAAGGGAUGUGAGUAACUUCGACAAACAAUUCACUUCUGAGAAAACCGACCUCACGCCGACGGAUAAAUUGUUCAUGAUGAACCUCGAUCAGACGGAGUUCAUGGGCUUCUCGUUUCUCAAUCCCGAGUAUAUUCAACAUAUAUAAUGUACUCGAUAGAAUACAUAUGGGAAAGAAAUAUUUAUUCGUCGCCAAAAACAUAACAAAACGAUCCUCUCGAAUCUCUCGCGAGACGCAAUAUACUGUGUCUAUCUACUUUUUCCUGCGUUUACAUAAUUCAUCCUCAUCAACGUUUCAUCCCUUGAAGAUUCGCUUUACAUUUCUUCAAAAACUUCUAUAUACUUUCCUCUUUCUCUCGAAUCUUCUUGACAUUUCUGUCUCUCCUGCUUCUCACAUUUCUCUGUAAAUCGCCAAAUGGAUUGUAGGAAAAUAUAUUUAUAGUCUGUUUCUUACUCUUAUCUGGCAAUACUUUUGCUUAUUCGUUAAAGAGAGCUAGAGAUAGAUACAUAGAGAGAGAGAGAGAGAGAGAGAGAGAG